AAUCAAUAUAAAAAAUUAACGGGACUAUGUUAAACCAAACAACAAAUUAUCUCUUUUUCUCCAAAGCUCUUGGUCUGAAAGGCACUUCAUUAAUCCCUAUUCCGAUCUGUUAAUUUAUUGAAUAGUUGUUUAACUAUUUGCUUAUAACAAUGUAGCAGAGCCCAUCACUUCACCCCUAAUUUGUGACUUUUCUAGCCAGUUUGCAUAAUAGCCAAUUUGGUCAUUUGAUUUGUAAAGAAGGUGGAAGAUGGAAGCAAUUUAUGCAAUUUGUUUUACUGACGGAAAGUAGCCAAAGUGAUGAAGAAUAUACAUACUCUACAAUGGCCGCUAGGUUCAAUAAUACUCUAGCAAUUGGUUACUUCUCAGUUUGUUAAUUCAUGCUAACAAGAAUUGUGGUGAGAUGAAUAAAAGUUUUUGUGUUCGAGCUAUGAUAAGUAAUCUUGUUAGAGGCACUUUUUUUUAAAUCGACCUUAGUGGAGCGAAUCCAAAUUCAUAUACCAGACACAAGUUGAAAAACCAAAAAAAAGUUUGUUAAUUAACAUUGCGUUAGAUGUCCGGUUAGGUUUUCAUUGUUGGUGCUCUUCCGUCCAGCUUUGGACCAAAAGUGCCAACUUUUACAUAGAUAAAUGAUUAUUAUUUAUAUUCAAUUGUUAUAUAAGAAGGACCAAAAUAACUCUAACCCUAGACAUAAGGGACUGUUUGUUAAUUCGUUUUGUUUCCUGGAUAUUCAGAGCUCAGAAAAAGCACAGCGCUAAAAACCUCUUUAAUGACUUUCACAUUUCAAUAAAAAAGAAAGAUGAGCGGAACUUCAGGUCUCUUUCAGCUAUGGCAACUUCCUUCCUCAUCACUAUUGGGACGCUCCAAGCUUUCUAAAGGUCUAUACUUGGUUCCUGUGCGUGUUAUGUAUCCAAUGUCAUGCUUCUGUAAACAAAUGCAGACUACUACUUAUGAAAUUGUUAAAGGAAGCUAUGUAUCAAAUCCACAGAACCAACCAGAAAAAAAAGAAAAAUUUACACCUAAGGUAGAAACUGUAGGUGCAUUUCAAAAAUUACCGAUGGUAAUGCCAUCUAUAGAUGUUCUACAAUCAGCACUAAGGAAAGCAAAGAGGGUCUCGCCUACAAAGGGCAUUGCUAAUGCUGCAAAACGCGAGAGAAAUAAAGGCGCAAAACAACUUGACGCAUUAAUGAAGGAGUUGGCUGUGCCCUUGAGGACAUACAAGGAGAACUUCCCAAACAAAAAAUAUUUGCACCCUUAUGAACGAUCUUUGAUUGAGUUAACGCUUGGAGAUGGAAACUAUGAAGAGGUAUUGAGAAAGCUAGAAGCUUUAAGGAAAAAGGUGGUAUCAGUUGGAAAGGAACAUGCAUCACUAUGUGCUAAGUCAUUAUCUAAACGAGAAGCAGAGGAGCGACUGAACGAGGGAUUGAAAAGAAUUGGGGAAAUUUUUGAUCGUGAUGGAAAAGCUGUUGAUGAACUAUUGAACAUUGCCAAGACAUUACGGGCAAUGCCAGUUGUCGAUCUGGAAACACCAACUCUCUGUCUUGUUGGUGCUCCCAAUGUCGGAAAAUCAUCUUUGGUUCACGUACUUUCGACAGGGAAGCCUGAGAUCUGCAACUAUCCUUUCACAACCAGAGGAAUUCUGAUGGGUCAUAUUAAUUUGAGCUACCAGAAUUUUCAGGUUACUGAUACCCCUGGAAUCUUAAGGAGAUGUGAUGAGGACAGGAAUAACUUGGAAAAGUUAACACUUGCCGUUCUCACUCAUUUGCCAACUGCAGUACUUUAUGUUCACGAUUUAUCUGGAGAAUGUGGGAUGUCACCUUUGGAUCAGUUUGUGAUCUAUAAGGAAAUGAGAGAGAGAUAUAGCAGCCAUAUUUGGCUUGAUGUCGUAUCCAAAUGUGACUUACUGCAAGCAUCUCCCGUCAUCUUUUCAACAGACGAUGGUAAUGUUGAUAACUUUGAGCUGGAGAGAUAUAGGAAAAUGGGACCUGAUGGAGCCUUAAAUGUGUCAGUAAAGAAUGAGAUCGGUCUUCCUGAGUUGAAGAAAAGAGUUUACGAGCUGCUUGCUUCACAAUCAGAAAGGAUCAAAAACCGAAAGAGCAAGGAGGCAGAGCUGGAAGUUUCAAGCUAGUUGGUUUUAUGAUUUCCUAACAGAUCUCUGGCCUGCCGGAAUUUGGCUGCAAGUUUUUGGGCUUCAUAAUUUGCUGAAUCUGAUCGUGGUAUAUCAUGUAUGUACGAUUGUACAUUGGUGAUCAAUCUGUGGUGGCACUAACACACAUUUCCAAGUCCAAGAACGCGACUUGCUUCUUGGCAUAUUUCUCAGGCAGUUGGACAAUGAGGUCCUCUUUUGCUUCGCUUCAAAUCUCACCUCUAAGAUACCCAAAUCAUUUGUCAAAUGCUGCAAACGGGGUUGCCAUAUCUGUCAUUCCAUUCUUCAAGCUAUUAGUUGUAGCAAUGUUUGAUGAAUUUUUAGUCAGUGGUUUAUGGAUAUGAUUCUGAGAUGCAUUUGGAGAUUUAAAAGGUCUAAAUUUCAGAAGCUCUAAUUAUGUACCAUCUAUAUUUAUUUACAAGUAGAAAUUGAGUCUGCACUUGUCAUCAAUGAAUAAGUGCUCUGUAAAGUUGAAGUUGAUGUACAUUACUUUUGGUCGAAAAAGGAAAUCCUUGUUCUUGUGAGGAACCUUAUUUAUUUUCCCUCUUGAUUUUCAAAUCUUUGAGGUGUGUUAUGUCAGUGAUUUACAUUUUACACUAACAA